UUAACAAAUUCAAAGUCUUGGUAUCCUGUACCCAAAUGUGCCAUGAUCCUGUCAGCCAUACCGAUAAUCAAAUGUUAUCACCUGUACCAAUAGCACCACAGAACAUACAGAAGAUGAGAGACUGAGUACAAACAUUUGGAGUAGCAGUGCGUCAGAUGGCAAAAGCUGGUACUCUCCUGUUGUACCUCAAUCAGAGAGAAAUUUGGCUGGGCGAACCAGUCAGCUUCAAACUCUCUCACUUUGAGGAGCAGAAAAAAAAAAAAAAAAAAAAAAAAAAAAAACACCAGACCCCAGCAGUGA